AUGGAGGAGGGCCUGUUCUACCAGGAGCGUUUCUUCGCCAACGACGCCGGUGGCGAUGCUGGCCAAGAAAGCGUGGCCGAGUACAAGGAAAUCUGCAACAACUUCCGGCGCUUCAUCCGCGAGUACAACGUCGGAGGCUUCGGCAUGAUCUAUCGUGAGCAAUUGAAGCAGAACUACAACUUGGGCAAGUACCACCUGGAUGUGUCACUCAACCACCUUCAACUUUUCGACGAGGAUGCCGCGCAAAAGCUUCGCACUGCUCCGGUCCGCUUCAUGCCCGCGCUUGAGGAGGCAGCGAAAAUCGUUGCCGAUGAAGUCACCAGGCCGCGCCCCGACGGCCAGGAAGAGAUGGAAGACAUUCAGGUGACGUUGACUCUCGACGAGUACCCAUCGACUAUCCGCAAAGUGAAGAGCAGCCAAGUGUCCCAGAUUGUCAAGAUCUCUGGUAUCAUCAUCGCUUCGAGCCAGGUCCGCGCCAAGGCCACCAAAAUCUCACUACAAUGCCGACAGUGCCGUCACACUGUCGGAGAUGUGCGCAUCAAGGCCGGGUUCGACGGUUAUUCGCUUCCUCGUCAAUGUGGAGCUCCACAAGCGGGACAAUCCCAGCGUUGUCCCCUGGAUCCGUACGUGAUCCUCCCCGAUAAGUGCGUCUGCGUCGACUUCCAGACCCUCAAGCUUCAGGAGAACCCAGAGGAUGUCCCUCAUGGAGAAAUGCCGCGCCAUCUGCCUCUCUACGUCGAUCGCUACCUGACCGAUCAGGUGUACCCGGGAUGCCGCGUCACGAUCGUGGGCGUGUUCUCGAUUCGGAAGGCUUUCCAAGGGAGAAAUUCGGAGAAGUCGCUGAGCGGCAUCCGCACCCCGUACAUGCGCGUCUUGGGCAUCAAGGUGGAGACUACUGGAGCCGGACGCACUGGUACCACCGAGUUCACUCCGGAGCAGGAACGCGCUUUCCGUGAAAUCGCGAAGCGCAGCGAUGUCUACGAGCUGCUGUCCAAGUCGAUUGCUCCCUCAAUUUUCGGUUCUGUCGAUAUCAAGAAAUCGAUUGCCUGUCUGCUAUUUGGUGGCUCUCGCAAGAGGAUGCCCGAUGGGAUCACUCGACGUGGUGACAUCAACGUGUUGCUGCUCGGUGACCCCGGAACGGCCAAGUCGCAGCUGCUCAAGUUCGUCGAGAAGGUUUCUCCCAUCGGAGUCUACACUUCCGGAAAAGGAUCUUCUGCUGCCGGUUUGACCGCCUCGAUCAUUAGGGACCCCACUUCUCGCGGCUUCAUCAUGGAGGGCGGCGCGAUGGUGUUGGCUGACGGUGGAGCAGUGUGCAUUGACGAGUUCGACAAGAUGAGGGAGGAUGACCGCGUGGCCAUCCACGAGGCUAUGGAGCAGCAAACGAUCUCGAUCGCCAAGGCUGGGAUCACCACCACUCUCAACUCGCGCUGCUCGGUCCUCGCUGCGGCCAACAGCGUUUAUGGAAGGUGGGAUGAUUCACGCGGAGCUGAUAACAUCGACUUCCUGCCGACUAUCCUGUCCCGUUUCGACAUGAUCUACAUUGUCAAGGACACGCACGACGUCAACCGCGAUGAGACGCUCGCCAAACAUAUCAUCGACGUUCACGUCACGGCGUCACGCUCGAAGACCGAUCAUAUUUCAGUUGAAGGGUUGGAGAUGGCCCCCGAGAAGAUGGAGACCUUUGACAAGGACGGAUACCUGACUCUCGACUUCUUCAAGAAGUACAUCUCGUACGCGCGCGCUAACUGCGGCCCAAGACUGACGGACCAGGCCAGUGAUAAGCUCAUCAACCACUACGUGCGAAUGCGCAACCCGCAAGCCGAGGAGCCGGCUCAGAAUCGUAUUGGAAAGCAGAAGCCGAGCGCGAUCCCGAUCACCGUCCGUCAGCUCGAGGCCAUUGUUCGCAUGAGCGAGGCUUUGGCUAAGAUGGAACUUCUACCUUUCGUCAACGAGCGUCAUGUCGAGGAAGCACUUCGCUUGUUCCGCGUUUCCACCAUGGAGGCUGCCGCGACCGGAAAUCUUGCUGGCGUGGAAGGCUUCACCAGCAACGAGGAGCAGGAAACCAUCUCGCGCAUCGAACGCCAGCUGAAGAAGCGCUUCGCCGUCGGCACCCACGUCAGCGAGCACCUGAUCGUUCAAGACUUUGUCCAUCGCCAACAUUACCAGGAGGGCCUCGUCAAGAAGGUCAUCCAUUCGCUGAUCCGACGCGGCGAAAUUCAGCAGAAGAUGCAGCGCCGCAUGCUGUUCCGCGUCCGC